CGAGUUGUCUAGGUACCUACUUAGGUAUCCCUAUCCGUACGUUGCGUGUGGUAGCCCGAUGUGAGGCUAUGUUUGCCCAAUACAAGAGCCUAUUACCGACCAAAACCCCUCAUCCUCAGCAAUCUCAUCCGAGCUCGAAUCCACACUCACCUCAUCUCAGCGCCGUCAUGUGUCGCGUCUCACCAUUUCAACCUUUACAAGUCUGGCCUCACGAUCGAUUUUUAGUCCUGUCGCCAUCUCCGGUACAAUCUACACCGUGCCAAAGAGACCAUCGUGGCGUCCAAAAGAGGGUUACCCGGCCCAUUUGGUUCUAGGCAACCCUGACGCACCCAAUCGAGCCUCCUCCUCUAGCCUGCGUCCUGACACAUGUUUGACCCCUGAGGUCUACAACCCGCCAACACUACCACACGAUUGAGGCUGUUCACGGCCUGGCGCGACAAACACCACUUCAGAUCCACCCCUGGGCAUUAUAACAUGGCCAACCGCCCACCCUUCACCAUGGCGGCGGCCACGGAAGGGAUUUUGGAAAAACAGCCUUUGCUUCCUCACCCCAGUCGCCCGGGUCAGGGCUUUGGAACACAUUCUUUACACAAAGAGUCGGUCAUUCCACACGCAUAUACUGAGCAGCGACGGCAAUCUACACUUUCAACACGCACCAAGAUUAUCAUACUCGCCAUGGUCGCUAUACCCGCGUACUUGUUGGCCUCGUCGGCCGUCACUUCUCUGGGGCCGUUGUGGCCGCGCGACGCGGUCAUUCGGUCUCCCGACCCAGCACCGGAACCACAACUCACCGGCGCACAGACAGACCCCGCGUCAGGUCCGUUCGCCUCAGUCAUGGGCCCCCUGGUCUCGUCGAACUUUCCGGACCCCGCCAUCAUCGUCGUGGACGGCGUCUCGUAUGCCUUUGCGACCAACAACAGAGGUGUCGGUUCGGACAUGGUACAUGUUCAAGUUGCCACGUCCCAAGACAAUCAAACGUGGUCGCUGUUGGAGCACCAUGAUGCGUUGCCCGAUGUAGGCGCGUGGCAGACGGGCGCUCGUGUGUGGGCGCCAGACGUCGUUCAGGUGGACGACGGUUCGUUCGUGUUGUACUACGCUGACGAGGUCACCUGGAGUACCGCGCACCACUGCGUCGGCGCGGCGGUGUCGAAGGAUGUCCUGGGACCCUACAUCCCUCAGGACCAGCCCUUCGCCUGUCCGGACGUCACCACCCAGGGCGGUGCCAUCGACCCCGACGGCUUUCUGGACGUGUCGACGAACAAACGGUACGUCGUGUACAAGGUCGACGGGAACUCCAUCGGCCACGGCGGCUCGUGUGGCAACACCGUCGAACCCAUCGUGCCGACGCCGCUCAUGCUACAGGAAGUCGGCCCCGACGGUAUUUCCCACAUUGGUGACCCCGUCGCCAUCCUCGACCGGGACGUGUACGACGGCCCACUGAUCGAGGCCCCCACGCUCCAUCGUUCCGACGAGGGCGUAUACUUUCUCUUUUUCAGUAGCAACUGCUUCACGACGCCCAAGUACGACGUCUCAUAUGCCACCGCCAGUGACAUCCACGGACCGUACACGCGAUGCAACCGGCCUCUCCUCGUCACCAGUGACGCCGAUCUCGUCGGCCCUGGCGGCCUCGACAUCCUCAUCGGAGGCGACCUGGUCGUCUUUCACGGGCACAUGACCAUCAACAACGACCCUGCGCAGCUGAAGAAGGCUCAAGCCAUUUCCGCAUCCACCGGCAAACCCGUCAAGGACGUCAAUCUACCUCUGAUACGAGGCAUGUGGUCCGGCACCGCAACGUUCUCCGGGACGAGCAUCAGUUUGGGGUAAUUUGUAGCUGUUUUGUUCUUUUUGUGACAUUUUUCGUCCUGCGUUUUAGCGAGUUUUUAUCUGCAUUUCAGCAACAGCUUUUGGAGUGGCUCUGAUUUUUGGGAAUCUUUGUAAAGUUGUUGGUGUCUGUUUCAAGACUUGGUUAUGAAGCGAUGAUCUUAGAGAUGAUGAUAUAUAUAUAUCUAUAUACACUGUAAUACUACUUUGUACAUUGUA